UUGCUAUUACCGGUUACCAUCUCCCCUGUUUUAUUAUACAAACAAUCUUAUAUAAUAUAGUUAAUACAAUACUCGCAUUUCUUCAUUUUUUCUCUCUCUCUUUGCUUCUCCAUAGGUUUAAGAGAGAAUAUUGUUUGUGCUUGUUCCACUUUUGAGCUUGGAUUAUAUAUGGUUGUCACAGAUUCAUUAUUAACUUUGAGGUUUGGUUAAAAUGGAUCCGAGGUUUAAUGGACAUCGGAGUUCUUUGAAUAAUUUUCGAUUUGGGAACCAACCAUUACCUUUUUCUUCAGAGCAGAGGAUGAUUAAUGGACCAAGAUUUGGACUCAUUUAUUCAGAUCAGAAUCUUCUCAAUGGUCCUAGACUAGAAAAUAACUUUGUCCAACACGAUUUUGGUGCUGUUGGAUUUAUAAGUGGUGAUCAUUUACCUACUAGUGUAGAAUCAAGAACUGACCUUGGUGUUGAGAACGACUUCAAUGAAGAUAUUGAUUUCUCGGAUGCAGUGUUGAGCUAUAUAAAUCGGAUGCUAAUGGAAGAAGACAUGGAGGACAAGACAGAUAUGCUUCAGGAGUCCUUGGAACUUCAAGCUAAAGAGAAGUCACUUUAUGAGGCCCUCGGUAAGAAGUAUCCACCAUCACCGGAGCAAAACAUGUUUACUGCUCGGAACAGUGAGAGUCCCGAUGACUACGUUGCAGGAAGUAUAUACAAUUCCACAAGUAAUACUGGUGACAGUAGUGGUUACCUAGUCGAUCCAAGGGGGGUUAACAUUUCUACCAACUGCAAUUCUUCUUACUUCGAAGGCCUUUCAUUUCAUAAUACUUCUUCAGUAUGCUCAUCAAAUAGUGGGAGUAAUGUUGUCGAUGGAUUCUUAGACUCUCCUGUUAGUUCCUUUCAUAUUCCUGAUAUAUACGAUGAGAGUCAAUCUAUUUUGAACUUUCAGAAAGGAGUUGAAGAAGCAAGUAAGUUCCUCCCGACUAGUAAUAAGUUGUUGAACAGUAUAGAUAUAAAUCUCUUGCCAUCUCGGGAGCCCCAAAGGCAAACUGCUUAUGCAGCUUCUCAGGUGGAGGAAAAGGAUGAGGGAGAGACUUCACCAACUGAGGCGAGAGGGAAGAAAAAUCCUCUGAGUGGUGAUAAUAAUAUCGAAGAAGAAAGAAGUAGCAAACAGGCUGCAGUUUUUACUGAAUCAACUCUACGAUCGGAGGAGUUUGAUAUCGUCUUGCUGAAUAGCAUGGGGAAGGGAGGAGAAGCAUUAGAAGCUUAUCAACAAAACCUGAGGAAUGCUAAAAGCAAAACUACAGUGCAGAUAUCAAAAGGAUCAAAAGGAGGAAAGGGCCGGGGGAAGAAACAGGGUGGAAAGAAGGAAGUCAUAGAUUUGAGAACUCUCAUGAUAAAUUGUGCGCAAGCUGUUGCUGCUGACGAUUCCAGGAUUGCGAAUGAACUUUUGAAACAAAUCAGACAACAUUCAUCCCCAUUUGGAGAUGGAAACCAGAGAUUAGCUCAUUGCUUUGCAGAUGGUCUCGAGGCGCGUUUGGCUGGUACUGGUAGCCAGAUAUAUAAAGCUCUUGUCAAUAAACGAACAUCUGCAGCUGAUCUUUUGAAGGCCUACCAUUUGUAUCUCGCAUCUAGCCCAUUCAGAAAGAUCUCAAGUUUUGCUUCAAACAAGACAAUCAUGCUAAAGGCAGAGAAUGCAACAAGGGUUCAUGUUAUUGACUUUGGCAUCCUGUAUGGCUUCCAAUGGCCUACAUUCAUCCAACGUAUUGCAGAAAGAGAAGGGGGGCCACCGAGGCUUCGUAUUACUGGCAUAGAGUUUCCCCAACCAGGCUUCAGGCCAGCGGAACGGAUUGAAGAAACAGGUCGCCGUUUAGCUGAUUAUGCUCGAUCCUUUAAUGUUCCAUUUGAAUACCAUGCAAUUGCAAAGAAAUGGGAGAGCAUUACAGUUGAGGAUCUAAAACUCGACAAAGAUGAAUUUCUUGCUGUCAACUGCUUGUAUCGUUUUAAGAACCUGCAUGAUGAGACUAUUGCAGUUGAAAGUUCAAGAACUAUCGUCCUCAACCUCGUAAGGAAGAUCAAUCCAGAUAUCUUCGUGCAUGGUAUUGUCAAUGGGGCUUAUAGUGCCCCAUUUUUCGUCACACGGUUUCGUGAGGCCUUAUUCCACUUUUCUGCACUUUUUGAUAUUCUUGAAACUAUUGUUCCCCGUGAGAUUCCAGAAAGACGAUUAAUUGAGAGAGAGAUAUUUGGGAGGGAAGCCCUGAAUGUCAUAGCUUGUGAGGGGUGGGAAAGAGUUGAACGUCCAGAGACAUACAAGCAGUGGCAAGCUCGUAUUAUGGGGGCAAGGUUUACACAGAUACCUUUUGACCGGGAGGAAUUCGUGAAUAAGGCAAUAGAGAAAGUGAGGUUAGGAUAUCAUAGAGACUUUGUAAUAGAUGAAGAUAGCCAGUGGUUGUUGCUGGGGUGGAAAGGAAGAACAAUUUACGCCUUAUCUUGUUGGAAACCUGUGUAAGAAACUUGAAACACAUUCUUACUUUUGAAUCCCAAGUCCAUCCACAUAUAUGAAGAUCAAAUGCAGCAAUUCAGUUUGUAACUGGCUUCUCAGUGUCUUGAUACAGUAACAACAAGAUCAUUUGGUUGCUGAACUCUUCGAGUUUCCUAAUAUGGACGGGGCUAUAAUACUGCAGAGUACACUUCAAUAACCAUCUGAUAAUCAAACAAGACGAGGCUUCGGUGCAUGUUCUUGGUGCUGAUCAUCAGCAUGCACAACGUAGGAGUUGAAUUGAUUGAAUCGAUAUUCCAGAGAAGAAUGACCGAGGCCAUAAGAGCUAUAGCUGACAAGACAUGGCUGCACAUUGUGCAUCAGAUAUGUAUUCUGGAAUUUUGUGAACUUGCAGUAUAUGUUAGUUUGUUCAAUAUACUUGGAGUUCUUAUUGAAGUUAAGUUAUAUACAAAUAAUUUUUUUUAGUAUGUGUAAUUUAACUGCAAGUAAUAGUACAUUGAUUUAAACUAAACAUUUUUUUCAAAUGA